GGGCGGGUGGGAGGUUCUGGAGGAGUACAAGUGAAGUUCGCUGUUCGCUCGCGGGGCGCUCUGGGUGAGGCCUGGUGCACGGGUGUGCCGCGGGUGCUUUGCUGGGGCUUGAUUUGACGUGGGGUAUUUCGAAGAGGACGGAUGGGGAGAUGAGUAUUCGGAAGAGGACGGGUUGGGAAAUGGGUCUUUGGUUGGGAUGUGGGUUUGGUUUGGGAUGUGGGUCUGGUUUGGGAUGUGGGUCUGGUUUGGGAUGUGGGUGCUGGUUCGCAGCCACUCCGCUGUGCGAAUGAGAAAGCAUCAGCUAGUCUUUGUAUGGUGUGGAUGGAGGGAGGUGAUCAGGGUUUGUGAUUGUGUGGCAUGGUAUUGGUGCUGUUGGUGUGGUAAGGUAUUGUAUUGGUGUUGUAUUGGUGUUGAUUUGGGCUUGGUAUGGUUAUGGUGUUCGAUUAGUAUUGGUGUGCGAUUAAUAUUGGUCGUUCAUUGGUAUUGGUAUUCUUAUUGUUUAUGGUACUGAUUUUGUAUGGCAUUGGUGUUGGUUUUUAUUGGUGUUGGUGUUGGUGUUGUAUUGGUGUUGUAUUGGUGUUGGUGUUGUAUUGGUGUUGGUGUUGGUGUUGGUGUUGGUAUUUAUAUUGGUAUUUAUAUUGGUAUUGGUAUUGGU